AUGGCGGGGUGCUGGCUGCGCUGGGGGCUCCUGCUGUGCGCGGGGCUGCUGGCCACGGGCGCGCACGGCCGGGUGCGGAGGAUCACCUACGUGGUGCGCCCGGGCCCCGGCCUGGCGGCGGGCGUGCCCCUGGGCGGCCCCCCGCGCCCGCGGACCUUCAACGUCGCGCUCAACGCCGGGUACAGCCGCAGCUCCGCGGGCGCCCCGGGGGGCCCCUCCGAGCGCACCCGGCGCACCAGCCAGCCCGGCGGGGCCCUGCAGGGGCUCCAGGGGCUCCAGCCGCCGCCGCCGCCGCCGCAGCCGCCGCGGGAGCCGGCGCGGCCCGGGGGCCCCGGCGGGCAGCUGCACCCCCUGCCCGGCGGGCACCCGGCGGCCGCCCCGUUCGCCAAGCAAGGCCGGCCGGCCGUGCGGGCCAAGGGGGCGCAGGAGGCGCAGAGCGGCGGGGGCUCGAGGCUCAAGGUCCAGCAGAAGCAGCAGCUGCAGGGGGUCAAUGUCUGUGGAGGGCAGUGCUGCCAAGGCUGGAGUAAGGCCCCUGGCUCCCAGAGGUGCACCAAACCCAGCUGCGUGCCCCCGUGCCAGAAUGGAGGGCUGUGUCUCCGGCCUCAGCUCUGCGUGUGCAAACCGGGGACCAAGGGCAAAGCCUGCGAGAUGACGGCCGCCCGGGACGCCUCGCCGCCGGGGUUUGCGGGGCAGGGUGCCGGGCCCGCGGCCUCCUGGGUCUCCCCGGAGCCAGCGGUGAAGCGCGUGUCCUUGAAGAAGGCGGGCGCCCUCCCCAGGGUCAGCCCCGUGGCCCAGAUGACCUUGACCCUCAAGCCCAAGCCGUCCGUGGGACUCGCCCAGCAGAGACGUUCUCAAGUGGCACCCCUGGCCUCCCAGAACGUGGUGAUUCGUCACGGCCAGACCCAGGAGUACGUGCUCAAGCCCAAGGACUUCGCAGCCCAGAAGGUGCUCUCGGGAGAGCAGGCCACCGAAGGCCUGUUCCCUCUGAGAUUCGGGCCGGAUCACCUCGCGGCACCUUUUCAGCUGAGUAACCACACUGGCCGCAUCAAGGUGGUCUUUACUCCGAGCAUCUGUAAAGUGACCUGCACCAAGGGCAGCUGUCAGAACAGCUGCGAGAAGGGGAACACCACCACUCUCAUUAGUGAGAAUGGCCAUGCUGCCGACACCCUGACGGCCACGAACUUCCGAGUGGUCAUUUGCCAUCUUCCAUGCAUGAAUGGUGGCCAGUGCAGCUCAAGGGACAAAUGCCAGUGCCCUCCAAACUUCACAGGGAAGCUUUGCCAGAUUCCAGUCCAUGGUGCCAGCGUUCCUAAACUUUACCAGCAUUCCCAGCAGUCGGGGAAGGCGCUGGGAACGCAUGUCGUCCACUCGACACAUACCUUGCCUCUGACGAUGACCAGUCAGCAAGGAGUCAAAGUAAAAUUUCCUCCCAACAUAGUCAAUAUCCACGUGAAGCACCCCCCGGAGGCCUCAGUCCAGAUCCAUCAGGUUUCAAGAAUCGAAGGCCCCACUGGCCAGAAGGUAAAAGAAGCCCAGCCAGGCCAACCCCAGAUCUCUUACCAAGGGCUGCCCGUCCAGAAGACCCAGACCAUCCACUCCACGUACUCCCACCAGCAAGUCAUUCCUCACAUCUAUCCUGUGGCUGCCAAGACCCAGCUCGGCCGCUGCUUCCAGGAAACCGUCGGGUCCCAGUGUGGCAAAGCGCUCCCCGGCCUCUCUAAGCAGGAGGACUGCUGUGGAACCGUGGGGACCUCCUGGGGCUUCCACAAAUGCCAGAAAUGCCCCAAGAAGCCAUCUUAUCAUGGAUAUAACCAAAUGAUGGAAUGUCUCCAAGGCUAUAAGAGGGUUAAUAACACCUUUUGUCAAGACAUUAAUGAAUGCCAGCUACAGGGUGUGUGCCCCAAUGGUGAGUGUUUGAAUACCAUGGGCAGCUAUAGAUGUACCUGCAAAAUGGGAUUUGGGCCGGAUCCUACUUUUACAACUUGUGUUCCGGAUACCCCUGUGAUCUCGGAAGAGAAGGGGCCCUGUUACCGACUUGUCAGUUCCGGAAGGCAGUGCAUGCACCCUCUGUCUGUUCACCUCACCAAGCAGCUCUGCUGUUGUAGCGUGGGCAAGGCCUGGGGCCCCCACUGUGAGAAAUGUCCCCUUCCAGGCACAGCUGCUUUUAAGGAAAUCUGUCCUGGUGGAAUGGGUUAUACGGUUUCUGGCGUUCAUAGACGCAGGCCAAUCCAUCACCAUAUAGGUAAAGGACCUGUAUUUGUCAAGCCAAAGAACACUCAACCUGUUGCUAAAAGUACUCAUCCUCCACCUCUCCCAGCCAAGGAAGAGCCAGUGGAGGCCCUGACUCUCUCCCGGGAACACAGGCCAGCAGUGGCGGAGCCCGAAGUGGCAACUGCACCCCCUGAGAAGGAAAUAUCUUCACUGGAUCAAGAGAAAACCAAACUUGAGCCUGGUCAGCCCCAGCUCUCUCCAGGCAUUUCCACUAUUCAUCUGCACCCACAGUUCCCAGUAGUGAUUCAAAGAACAUCACCUCCUGUGCCUGUGGAAGUGGCCCCUGAAGCUUCUACCUCAAGUGCCAGCCAAGUGAUCGCACCUACUCAAGUAACAGAAAUCAACGAGUGUUCCGUGAACCCCGACAUCUGUGGAGCGGGACACUGUAUUAACCUGCCGGUGAGGUACACGUGCAUCUGCUACGAAGGCUAUAAGUUCAGCGAGCAGCAGAGGAAAUGCCUUGAUGUUGACGAGUGCACGCAGUCCCGACACCUCUGCUCGCAGGGACGCUGUGAGAACACGGAGGGAAGUUUCCUGUGUAUUUGCCCGGCAGGAUUCAUGGCCAGCGAGGAGGGGACCAGCUGCACAGACGUUGAUGAGUGCCUGCGGCCGGAUGUGUGUGGGGAAGGCCACUGCAUCAAUACCGUGGGCGCCUUCCGGUGCAAGUACUGUGACAGCGGGUACCGCAUGACCCCCGGAGGCCACUGCGAGGAUAUUGAUGAGUGUUUGAGUCCAAGUACUUGUCCAGAUGAGCAGUGCGUGAACUCUCCUGGAUCUUACCAGUGUGUUCCCUGCACGGAAGGGUUCCGCGGCUGGAAUGGGCAAUGUAUCGAUGUGGAUGAGUGCCUGGAGCCGAAGGUCUGCACAAAUGGGACUUGCUCCAACCUGGAAGGCUCCUACAUGUGCUCGUGUCACAAGGGCUACACCCCGACCCCAGACCACAAGCACUGCAAGGAUAUCGAUGAAUGUCAGCAAGGGAACCUCUGCAUACACGGGCAGUGCAAAAACACCGAGGGGUCCUUCCGGUGUACCUGCGGGCAGGGCUACCAGCUGUCAGCAGCGAAAGACCAGUGUGAAGAUAUUGACGAAUGCCAGCACCGGCAUCUCUGCACCAACGGGCAGUGCAGGAACACGGAGGGCUCCUUCCGCUGUGUGUGUGACCAGGGCUACAGAGCAUCCGCCCUUGGGGACCACUGUGAAGAUAUCAACGAAUGCUUGGAAGACAAUAGCGUUUGCCAGGGAGGAGACUGCAUCAACACCAAAGGGUCCUACGACUGUACUUGUCCAGGUGGCUUCCAGCUAAAUGGCAAUAGAAGAUGCCAAGACAUUAAUGAGUGCGAGCAGCCCGGACUCUGUGGCCACCGCGGAGAGUGUCUGAACACGGAUGGCUCUUUUCACUGCGUCUGCGAACAGGGCUUCACAAUCUCUGCGGAUGGCCGGACGUGUGAAGAUAUUGAUGAGUGUGUAAACAACACUGUGUGUGACAGGCACGGGUUCUGUGACAACACGGCCGGCUCCUUCCGCUGCCUCUGUUACCAGGGCUUUCAGGCCCCGCAGGAUGGGCAAGGGUGUGUGGAUGUGAACGAGUGUGAGCUGCUCAGUGGCGUGUGUGGCGAAGCCUUCUGUGAAAACGUGGAAGGCUCCUUCCUGUGUGUGUGCGCGGACGAGAACCAGGAGUACAGCCCCAUGACCGGGCAGUGCCGCUCCCGGGCCCCCGGGGACGUGGAAGUAGAGCCAAGCAGAGAAGAGAAGAAGGAAUGCUACUACAACCUCAACGACGCCAGCCUCUGCGACAACGUGCUGGCCCCCAAUGUCACCAAGCAAGAGUGCUGCUGCACCUCCGGGGCUGGGUGGGGCGACAACUGUGAGAUCUUCCCCUGCCCGGUCUUGGGGACGGCUGAAUUCACUGAAAUGUGUCCCAGAGGGAAAGGUUUUGUCCCCACUGGAGAAUCCUCAUAUGAAGCUGGUGACAAGGACUAUAAAGAUGCGGAUGAAUGCCUGCUCUUUGGACACGAAAUCUGCAAAAAUGGCUUCUGCUUGAACACGCAGCCUGGGUAUGAAUGCUACUGCAAGCAAGGGACAUACUACGAUCCUGUCAAAUUGCAGUGCUUCGAUAUGGAUGAAUGUCAAGACCCCAACAGUUGCAUCGAUGGCCAGUGCAUUAACACAGAAGGCUCUUACAACUGCUUCUGUACCCACCCAAUGGUCCUGGAUGCCUCAGAAAAGAGAUGUGUCCGACCAUCUGAGUCACACGAACAAAUUGAAGAGACCGACGUCUACCAAGACCUGUGCUGGGAGCACCUGAGCGAGGACUACGUGUGCAGCCGGCCCCUGGUGGGCAAGCAGACGACUUACACAGAGUGCUGCUGCCUGUAUGGCGAGGCCUGGGGCAUGCAGUGCGCCCUGUGCCCCAUGAAGGACUCAGAUGACUACGCCCAGCUGUGUAACAUCCCGGUCACAGGACGCCGGCAGCCGUACGGCCGGGACGCCUUGGUGGACUUCAGUGAACAGUAUGCUCCGGAAGCCGAUCCCUACUUCAUUCAGGACCGCUUUUUAAACAGCUUCGAGGAGCUGCAGGCCGAGGAGUGCGGCAUCCUCAAUGGCUGUGAGAACGGCCGCUGUGUGCGGGUGCAGGAGGGCUACACCUGCGACUGCUUUGAUGGCUAUCACUUGGACAUGGCCAAGAUGACCUGUGUCGACGUGAACGAAUGCGACGAGCUGAACAACCGGAUGUCUCUCUGCAAGAAUGCCAAGUGCAUCAACACGGAAGGCUCCUACAAAUGCGUGUGUCUACCCGGCUACGUGCCUUCCGACAAGCCCAACUACUGCACCCCAUUGAAUACCGCCUUGAAUUUGGAAAAGGACAGUGACCUGGAGUGA